AUGUCCAUUACACCCUCAGCCCUCUCGUUCGAAUCCGCGCACGUCCAUGCCGUCUACGAAGAAAUCGCAGCCGACUUCUCUCGGACGCGACACACGCGGUGGCCGUUCGUCGAGCGCUUCCUCGACUCGCUUGAACCGGGAAGUCUUGUCCUUGACGCGGGAACAGGGAAUGGGAAAUACCUAGGCUGUCGAAGCGUGUUGCGAUGGGAAGGCAAGGACGCGGAAGGCUCGGGGCGGCAGAGCGGCGGCAAGGGCAAGGGCAAAGGCAAGGCUACCCACGAUGAGCGAGCGGAGGAGGCGAAGCGCGUGCCAGUGGGAGACAUGCUGCCUAUCGGGUUUGACAUGUCGAGCGGCUUGCUGGGGAUUGCGAAGGGGAAGGGGCACGAAGUCGUUAGGGGAGACUGCGUCGACUUGCGGUGCUGGCGGAGAGGGGCAUUUGACCACGCCAUCUCGAUCGCGACAAUCCACCACUUUGCGACUCACGCGCGGCGGAUUGAGGCCGUCAAACAAAUGAUCCUGUCCGUCCUCCCCUCCUCUCCACCCUCCACCUUCGACCCGCCCUACCGCGUCUCCAAACUCCUCAUCGUCGUCUGGUCACUCGAACAAGACCUCACGAUUUUUGGUGGUGAUCGCUCAGCGCGAAGGACGACGGGAGGGAAGAAGGGUGCGGUACCUGUCGCUGGCCCGGAUGGAGAGGAGGAGGAUGAGUUUGAAGAGAAGGGGAGGGAUGUGUUCGUGCCGUGGGAGAGACAGGAGGCGAAGCAGAAAACGGAGAAGGCGCCGAAGAAGCGGGCGCGGCGGAAGCCGGGAGCCGAAGGCGAGGGCGAAUCUUCGACAGCAGCAACGACCGAAUCUCCUUCCACCGACUCGACACCCGCCGCACCCGCACCCGCACCGGCCACCUUCAACCGCUACUACCACCUCUUCCGCCACCGCGAGCUCACGAAACUCGUGAUGCAAGCGUCCUGUGCCCUCUCACUCGGCUGGGAAGUCUACGGCGAGUGGUUCUUCCCCAUCGAACUCGCUGCUCGUCCGCCCGACGCGCAGAGGGCCGUCGAGGAGAAGGAGGGGUGGGAUGCGUUUGUGAGGAUCGUCGAGGAGAGGUGGGAGAGGGAGAAUUGGGUCGUCGAAGUCGAGGUUGGGUGGAGGCCGGAGUGGAUGGUUCCUCAGUAG